CAGAGAAACAUGGCAGCUUCCACUGACAGCACUUUGGCAAUCUCAGCGUCCAUCGCUGGAAUUAUGAAUGAAAUACACAACCCUCAACACUUGCAGGUUAUAAAAACGUUGACAAGUGCCUUGCGGGAGGAGGAGUACAGAGAUGCUGUGGAGGAGGAGGUGUUUUCUGAUCUUCUGAAGGUGCUGACCAACCUCUGUGAAGAGCUGCACACUGCCAGCGCAGACGGCGACGGCCUGCAGGCCUUUUCCCUGCAGCUUCAGCUGACCGCGGAGUGCUUCAGGGCCCAGAGGAACGCCUGUGUCCAGAGCACACGCAACCAAAGUCUGCUCAGGGAACUUGGUUUUGUUGAUGUGUCUGUUAAACUCCUGAAAUGUCUUCAGGCUGCUUUGGGAAGCUCAGAUGCAUUGUUAGAGCCUCUCCGCUGUGGGAUCCAGUUCCUCGGUAACUUGGCUGUAGGAAACCAGACGUGCAAAGAUGACAUUUGGCAGCUGAGCUUCCCAGAUCUACUCCUGAAGCUGCUCAGUGUUGAUGAUGAGAAGGUGGUGAACUACACCUCCAUGGUACUCCACACAUGUCUGGAUGAGACCAAAGUGGAAGACCUGUCCGACCCGGAGAACAUCCAGCUGGCUCUGAGAGUGAUGGAGCUCUGCAGGACCCGACCUGAGCUGGACUGGACGGUGCUCAUCGCAACGCAGCAUUUCCUCGGGUCUGCAUCUCUGGUGGAGAGCAUGUACUCUGGGAUGUCCCACCAUGAAAGAGUUACUCUAUUAGAGUUGCUCUUUGCCCAGCUAAGGGAGGAAGUGUCGGAGGAGUGCGGCGUCCCUCCAGACGUGGCUCGUUUCCUGGCCGGUUCCUUCCAGAAGAGCUGCGGAGCCGUGCUUGCGCUCGCAACCGGUUCUGCCUCCAGUGACGAGGUCCUGCAGGAGGCGCUGACUGUGAUCAGUCUCCUGGACGUGCUGUGUGAGAUGACCUCCGACCUCAAGCAGUUCAUGUUCCUGCAGGACCACCCCGACCUCCUGGUGACCACCGUCGAGCUCCUGCAGCAGGUGCACGCCAUCGGGAAGGCCAGCAAGAACAUAUUCAGCGCCGCACAGAACUUCUCCUCCUUGAGCGCCGACGGAGAGUCUCCGGUGAUCAGCUUCAAGGCCCACCUCAUCCGGUUUAUAGGAAACCUCUGCCACGGCAAUGCAGACAACCAGAACAAGGUGAGAGAACUGGAAGGAAUCCCCCUCAUCCUGGAUAACUGCAACAUAGACAGCAACAAUCCCUUUAUAAGCCAGUGGGCGAUCUUUGCCAUCAGGAACCUCCUGGAGAACAACGUGCAAAACCAGGAGCUGGUCGCCUCCCUGGAGCGCCGCGGCAAGGCGGACUACUCGGCGCUCCGGCAGCUGGGCUUCCUGGUGGAGGAGCGCGAUGGAAGCCUGUUGCUCAAAACUGUGAGAAAAGACUCAUAAAAAGUGUGGGAGAGGCAGUGAGGGGAGGGAAGGAGGGCUCCCAUCCCACAGGCAGGGAGGUAUUUAGAAGGUAAUGCAGUACAUGGACACACACACACACACACACACACACACAUAUAAAUCCCUGCGUCAAUAUUUAUGCUUUUUGUGUUGCGAGCUUCAUGAACGCUACCUUCACUUCCGUGGCGUUCCUGUCAAGGGAAACCGACAGCCUCACUGCCAUUAGAGUUCAGACUUAUUGAAUUGGAUCCUCCGUCAGAGAAGUUGUUUUUCUACCUCAGCACUCAUGUCCACAUGAGGCACAAGGUAUUAUUGACACACAAAAGGCCCGACGGGGCAUCUCUUGUACAGCAGCAGAGGUCAGGAUGUCAGGAGCCCUCGCUUUGUCUUGACCCGGGUCUGGGAAAUGAAGAGUCGGGGCGAGGCGAGCGCAUGCUGGCACCUCUUUACCAGGCCGAUGCUUUGUGGGUCUAAUCCAAAGACAAAGAGCGCCGCGGCGUUGGGGCUUUUCGCCUUUCAGGGACGGUGAUGUUACCAGCGGGGGUGGGAGUUUAAUCCCGGGCUCAUAGUGGCUUCUGCAGUAACCAUGAAACCGAGAAUGACCAAAACACGAUGCAGCCGACCCCCUCGCCGCGUCUCCUAAUUAAACAGUGGCAUCGCUGAGAAGGCUUCCUUAUUGAAAUGCUUCAAAUGCCUGCUUGUCGUGAUCAGAAGAAAAAAAAAGCAAUAAUAAAAGACAGAAACCCGACACUAUGCAUGUUUGAAGCUUUAAGGCUCUCUGUACAAUACGAGCCUGUCACUGUAUCUCUGCUCGCGUUAGGAAUAUAACAAUAAUGACUAUUAGAGUCGGCAUAGUUUUAUGAAUUCUUCUCCAUCUCCUUUAUCUUCUUCUAUCCUGCUGCACCAUCGUGUUGAUAAAUUAGGUAUGAAAAGGGCUUCAAGCAUGCAGCAGACACCAUUACCCAUCCCAAAACAGUCCUCUCUCACACUUUAGGCAGCUCCUCUUUGCUCGUUUUUCUCAGCUGUUUAGGAAACCCUCUGACUUCGGUUGUAGUCGUCUGUGUGUUGGUGCAUGCGCCCGUCUUGUUUUCGAGCGGGGGGGGGGGAAUGACUUCUGGAUCAGCAGGCAGUGGAUGAGAGCGGCGCGGCAUCCGUAGACCCCGAGUGAGAGAAUUAGUUUGCAGAGCGACAUCCCUUCUCCGCUCCUCCCGCUGCUGGAUAAGCUGAACAGUCCUGACAACCCAACAAUGCAGCGCUUUACGGGCCGGCCCACACCCUGCCCCACCCUGUUUGCUCUGCCAUCUGAUUUUUAAUGACAAAAUGUAUUGAAACAAUUGGCUGGACUCUCCCCUCAAUCCGCCGGCAUAGUGAAGGGAGCUUAUGCGGUUCCGGUCCCCAGGAUUUCAGACGGCUAACAAAACAGCUGUUACUCGCGCUCGACUGGCUGGCUGCAAUGCUUUUCAGCCCCACAGGAAAGAGGCUGUGCAAGUCAGCCCGGCGCUGAAUGAGGUGGCAUGGCGGCCGCGGCCGUGCGUUCACCUCCAGCGCCGCAUCAGUCCAGGGCAAAAUUUUCUUUGUUUCCCAUAUCAGCAUUUUAGACCGCAGGCCUCGACUUGUGCCUUCUGGUUUGAUGUUGGCCUCCGGCAAACGCCACCCUGUCAGGAUUUAAUCUUGCUUAACGUGUGGAUCCGAUAACGAGCUUAUUCAACUCCUAAUAAAGUUUUGUGUGUGACUAACAGCUUUUUGUACUCGUCAUUUGAUUCAGACCCGGAAGUGACAGAAAACCCGAGAAGCAUUAAAAAAGAUGCUCAAUUUUUAUUGGUAA